GUUUUCCAUCUCCGCCAGUUUUAUUCCACCACCGCAAACCACGACACGUCCCCACACCAGAGAGCUUGUUUGGAUAUGGGACUAUUACAUUUGCCCCUCUGAAUUUAUUAAAAGUCAUAUUGCUGUUUCGAUUCGCGUAUUUGAAACCCGUUUACGCAGAGAGAAUGGGGUGCUGUUCAGGACGAUGUAUGCUGAUCUUCUUCUGCACUCUCCAAUUGGUGAGAUCAUUCUUCUGUGAUGAUGCUAUCUCUAUACAUACUUUCAAAACACACCUGCUACCAUUGCCUUGCUUUACUUCUUCUCUUCAAUGAUCACUGACACUUCUGCUGGUUGAUGUUGUUGAAAUUGUAAACCGGUAUUGUUUAUUUUUUCAGAAUGAGGAAACGUGGUAGGUUAAUUUUGCAAUUUGAGAUAUUAACAUGUGUAAAUUAUAGCUAGUUCCCACGACUCACGAAACCCAAGUCAAAGACUCUCUUAUUUCCAUAUCCAACUAAAUUGAAUUAAACAAUUUUGUAGUAUAAUUAUGUAGCCUGAUAGUUGGACACAUAGCUUAUAGUUGGACACAUAGCUUAUAUUUGUGUGCUGAGAAAAACAAAUGUAAGUUGAUUAAUAUUAUAUAAAUAUUACGUAUCAAUCAAACAUCAAUUGAUAUACAUUUUUAACUAGCCACGAUGUUUUAUAUUCAUGCUAAUUUAUUGAGUGUUGUUAGAGUACAAAAUAUUCAUGUUUAUCUUGCUAGUAUGAGUUGCCUAUGGGGAAAGGGAGCCAACCCCCACUCUGUCUGAACCUCAGACUUUGUCCCCGCCCCUUCUUCUCACCCUGCCCCCCUUUUGAGUGAUUGAGAAGGCGACCUCAGAGGACAGAACUCAUAUCCCUGCUCUGCCCCUCUCCAUGCAACAUGCUUUGUCCCCCGUGGCUCAGUUACCUUGACAACCCAGAGAGAGCAGUCAGCAUGGGGGAAAAAUAUGUGCAGUGGAUUCUUUAUAGGGUAUAUAGGAGGGAAAUACCCAUGUAACAGGUCACAACACCAUCAUCCAUCUCUCAUCGAUUCAGAACCAACUGUUUAGAUUAGAAUCUCUGAAGAGUCUGGACCCAGUGAGUGGAUGACUUGAUAAGAUGCUUUAUCAUGCAUAAUACAUGUAAUAGAGUUUCUUAACCCCCCCCCCCCCCCCCCCCCCCCCCAUCUCUUUCUCCCUCUCCUGCUCUCUCCCUUUGACACCCCAGAUGACAGCAUUGGAGAGGCAGGCUUUUGACUUCCUUGGGUACCAGUGGGCUCCCAUCAUUGUCAACUUCCUGCACAUAAUUAUGGUUAUCCUCGGCCUCUUUGGCACCAUUCAGUACAGACCACGCUAUGUUGUUCUAGUAAGUCACAUCUAGGCCACACUACUUUUGUGUUAAUCUGCCCCCACCUUGUAAUCAACAUGGAUAAUUCAAUGAAAUGUGUCAAUUCUUCAUAGAAGAAUGGAACUGUGUUGAAGGCAAAUCCAUUUGUAUAACUAUUGUGGAACAGCAUUGGCCACUGUUUCAAUUGCGUCAUGUAUAAUGAUUUUCCUCCAUACAAAUAGAUAGACAUCAUGUGUCUAAAAUGCUCAUCAAAUAUAUUUUCAUCCCUCAGUACCUGCUGUGGACAUUACUGUGGGUGGCGUGGAAUAUCUUUGUGAGCUGUCUCUACUUGGACCUGGGAGGCCUUUCCAAGGUAUUGGUCACUAAUAUUCAGUCCCACCAUCAACUAGCCUAAUAUAUUUGCUUUGCCUUGAAUUGUGUGUUCUUUUGGCACUGAAUCAAUCAGUCUCUUUUUUCCCAAACAAUUACAUACCAUAAACAUGUUAUCAUGAACAACACAUAUGCUGUGUCACUGCAGGAGAGCGAACUGCUUUCUCUGGGUGUAUCCUCACACUCUUCAUGGUGGAAAGACAAUGGUCCAGGCUGUGAUGACAGGGACCUUCCUGCCACUAGAUGGCAGAGUCUGGAGAGCCCAGAACUCAUCUCUGCUCUGGGAUGCUGGCUGGAAUAUCAAUACAUAGAGGUCCUGCACUGCAUCGUACAACUCCUAAUCUCUGUGAGUUCUCUCUCUCAGGAGAGGUGAAAAAACCUGUAACAUUAUAAAAUGUAAAACAUUUCUCACCAGAAUUCAAGUGUCUCUGACUGCUUUCAACACCCUCCCCAGAGUUCACCUAGAAUAUGUAUUUUGUAACACUCUCACCAGAAUAUCCUGAAACACUGAAAUGGAUCCACAAAGACAUUCUAUUCAUUCACAAUUCUGACAGAUUCCAGUGUAACUACAUCUAAAUCGCAUUGAGAACAGACCACAGAUGUAGAGAGCAAGGGUAAGGCAAGAGGAAGAGAGGAAGCAGAGUAGGGCUGGAAGGAGGGUGAGGAAGAAAAAGAGAGGCCGGAAUAUCAGCGUGUGUGUGGGAGUUCUGUGGCAGGUGCUUGAAGGAGCUGAAAAGCUGCUGAUGAGAAGAGGCUGUCAUUUCCAGAGCCAGGUUCCCAGAGCUGCUGCCUUGCUGUCUCUGUCUGUCCACCUCCUCCUCCCCACCUAUUUCUCUCCCUUUCUCUCUCAGAAAUAAAUUCAGUACGUACCAAUGUGGUGUUCUUCAUUGUAAUGUAAUGUUGAACUUGUGGUCUCUGUGUUUGUGCCUACAGCUCUUGGGAUUCGUCUACGCCUGCUAUGUGGUCAGCACCUUCACAGAGGAGGAGGACAGCUGUAGGUGAAUUUUCAAAGUGCAUUUUACACAUGGUUACAACAAACAAGAAAACACACAAUUUAACACACAUACUGGAGCAGAUACUAAAGCAUUAAGUCACAGCCACAUAAAUGUAAUACUGUCAAGGCACCCCCCCCCCCACACACACACACUUUUUACUUAUUGUAAUCAUUAUACCCUUUUAAUUUGGUUCAAACUGUCUAGAGCUUAAAAGCUUCCAUCGAAAAAGUACAUUGAUCAAGUUAGUGUUGCAUCAUUAUAUAUUUAUUCAUAUAAUUCUGUUUUCUUUUUCAGUUAAUUUUAUUGGUGGGGUUCAUUAUCCAUCUAAACCGUCACCGUUGUACUUAUAGUGUUCAGAAUUGGGCUGUAAGUACCAUUACUUUCUCAGGGGGAACAAAAUCAUACAUAUUCGGCACAAACAGUGUCAUCCCAGACCAUACACACGUACAUGUGUUUUUAUAUUGUAGUACACUCUUAGAAAAAAGGGUUAUUCGGCUGUCCCCAUAGGAUAACCAUUUUUGGUUCCAGGUAGAACCCUUUUGGGAUUCCAGAUAGAACCCUCUGUGGAAUGGGUUCACCAUUUUACCCGAAAAGGGUUCUACCUGGAACCAAAAGGGUUCCUCAAAGGGUUCUCCUAUGGGGACAGCCGAAUAACCCUUUUACUGUAGGUACUAGGUAGCACCUUUUUUUCUGAGUGUAUUCAAUAUGUUUCUGUAUGAGACUGUGCAGUUACCUUAUUAUCUCGCUAUCAUGUUUUGUUUUACAGACUAUAAGUAAAGGGUUGCAAGUGGGUUGAAAAUGACUGACAGGCAAGGAGGGCAGAAGAGGUACAAGAGAUUGGAAUACUUACUUUGGAAGAGUGAGAUCACAUCUCCAGUCAGUGAAACAGAAGACAUUCCCACAAUGGUCACAAAACAUAAUUCCUCUGCCUACCAGCACUCUUAAUGAAUACUAAAGUAAACCAGCAGGAGUUCUCUGUUCAGUGCAGUUAUGGUCAAUACUAACUUAAUCCCAGAUCUGCAGAGGUGGAAAGAGUACUGAAAUAUCCUACUCAAGUAGAAGUACUGUUACUUUAAUGACAUUUUAUUCAAGUAGAUGUAAAAUUACUGGUGUAAAAAAACUACUCAAGUAAAAAAGUAGCUAAUUUAAAAAGUACUCAGAGUAAAAAUAAAUGAGUUACUUUUCAAAU